AUGUCAUCCCAAGAAACUGAUAAGGGGAGGCGAGGGCUGAAGGCAGGUGCAGAAGCAGCAGAGGGGGAGGCGGUGGAGGGAGGAGAGGAGAACAGGAGAGAAGGAACGGGGGAAGAAUCGAGUGAGGGAGAGAGUGUGAAGGAAGACGGGAGGGGAAUCGGAGAGGGAGAGGGGGGGAGUGCGGUGGAGGAGGGGGGGGUGACAAAGGGUAUGGGUGCUGGGGGAUGGAGAGGGGUGGUGGUGGGAAGGGGGAGGGAGGAGAGGAUGAGGGUGGUGGUGGCGCCUCAUGUGAACCCGGAGCAUGCACGCAUGCUGGAAGGACUGAAGGAGCUUCAGGUGAGAGAGGGACUCCAGAGUGAUUGCAAGCAAGGUGAAUGGCGUGAGUCGACUCAAAAACACGGCUGGAAAGGGGAAGUGGAAGAGGAUGCGAAUGGUGGUGCUGCAUCAUGUGAGGCCGGAGCAUGCUUGCAUGUGAUAGAUGCUGACGUGGCACCAGCUGGCAUAUGCACGAGGAGGGAGUUUGCCACGUGGCUGAUGGCUUUCAGUGAGAAGCUCUCGGCCUCGCCCACCGAUAGGGUGUAUCCCGCCAUGUUUAUAGAGGGGAUAUCGGAGCAGGCCUAUGCUGACCAACCCUUGUAUCACGGUGUUUCAUUCACCCCCCAUCCCUCUCCCAUGUCAAUUCCUCAUCUUUUCCAUCCCAUCGUGCACUCCUAUCCCAUCCCUCCUCUCCUCUGCCAUCCCAUCGUGCACUCCUAUCCCAUCCCUCCUCUCCUCUGCCAUCCCAUCGUGCACUCCUAUCUCAUCCCUCCUCUCCUCUGCCAUCCCAUCGUGCACUCCUAUCCCAUCCCUCCUCUCCUCUGCCAUCCCAUCGUGCACUCCUAUCCCAUCCCUCCUCUCCUCUGCCAUCCCAUCGUGCACUCCUAUCCCAUCCCUCCUCUCCUCUGCCAUCCCAUCGUGCACUCCUAUCCCAUCCCUCCUCUCCUCUGCCAUCCCAUCGUGCACUCCUAUCUCAUCCCUCCUCUCCUCUGCCAUCCCAUCGUGCACUCCUAUCCCAUCCCUCCUCUCCUCUGCCAUCCCAUCGUGCACUCCUAUCCCAUCCCUCCUCUCCUCUGCCAUCCCAUCGUGCACUCCUAUCCCAUCCCUCCUCUCCUCUGCCAUCCCAUCGUGCACUCCUAUCCCAUCCCUCCUCUCCUGCGGCAUCCCUUCGUGCACUCCGCGAUCUUUUUCUCUGAUUCCUGCUAUUCUUUCUGCACCUCUCGCACAGGUCUGGCCGAAGCUGGCAUUCUGCCCAGCCUGUUGGGUCGGAAGGACGAGGCGGGAGGGGCAGCAGAAGGGGAAGGUGCAGGGGAGGGUGAGGCGCUAUUCCGGCCAGACAGUCCCCUCACCCGUCAGGAUCUGCUGACGUGGCGCUUUGCUCUGGAGUAUUCCCACCUCCCGCCGCCCGACCUUGCCGCCCUGCGCCACACAUGCGGGCUCAUUGAUGCCGCCCGAAUCUCCCCUGCCGCCCAAAGAGCCGUCUCUUUCGAUUUCCUGCAUCACCGGGGGGGGAUGGAGCACCAACCAGAGGGGGAAGAGGAGGGUUGGGGGCAGGCCGGGGGGAAGGGGCUGGGGGAGGGGCAGGGGAGGGGGCAAGAUUUCAAAUCUGCUACUAAUGCGGCUGUUAUUCCCUUGGUGUUCGGUAAUGUUCGUCGGUUUGACCCCUUAAAGCCUGUUACGCAUGCGCAGGCUGCUGCGGCGCUCACGUUCGGCCGAACCUAUGAGACUGUGAACGAGGCUGCGGUUCGGGUGGAGGUGGCAGAGGCUCGGAAGGAAGCUGAUGUGGCGAGGCAGGAGGCUGAUGAGGGGGAGGUGGGAGGAGGAGGUGCGGGUGUGGAAGGUAGCGCUUCUGAUGGGAUGGAGGAGUGCAGCAUCCAAGAACCCACUAUUCUCCCCCCCGGCUGGUGGGCGGAUUUGAUUCAACAGAGAGCAGGGGAGGCGAAACACGGCGCUGCCAAGAAUCUGGUAAAAAUCAAAGAGCGUUCUGCUGACGUGGCGUCCAGCCUGGCCGCCAGCGUGGCGGACGGCAGCUUGCAGCGGUCGUUGAGUAAAAGGGCCGAGGAAGCUGCCAGGAAGGUGCGGGAGCUACAGGAUGCAGAUCUGAAGGAAGGUGCGAGGAUGGUGCGGGAGCAAGUGGGAGGGGAGGUGGCGAGGAGGAUCGAGGGAGUGAGGGAGGUAGGGGAGAGGAUGGUGUCAAUGGGGAGGGAGGAGGCAGGUAGAAUGGUGAGGGUGGGUAGGGGGGUGAUGGAUAGGGGGGUGCGGGAGAUAAGGGAGAAAGCAGGCUACAGAUGGGCUGCUGGGAAGGGGGGCAGCAAGGGUUCUGUUGGCUCUGCUGCUGCUGCUGCUGCUGGUGUGAAGAAGCAUGUGGUGGAAAUGGGCACAGCUUGCCUCCUCUCUGCUGCUCUCACUCAUCGCCCGAUCACCACCACACCCUCUCCUGUCUGCUCUGCUGCUCCCCUCGCGGCUGCUGCUGCUGCUGCUCCUACUGCUCCAUUUUCUUUCACCCAGCUCUACCUUUCUCCCCUUUCCUCCCUCGAGCUCCGCCUUGAGCUGUUUCUCUUACCUCACUUCCUAACUAGUCUUACCCCGUCUCCCGCGGAUCCAGCUGCGUUGGUCCCCAAAAAGAACCGUCUCUUGGUCUACAAGUACCUCUUCAGCGAGGGAGUCCUGUUCGCGGAGAAGGACUUCAACCUGCCCAAGCACCCCGAGCUCGAGGUCCCCAACCUGCAAGUGAUCAAGCUGAUGCAGAGCUUCAAGUCGAAGGGGUUUGUGCGCGAGACGUUUGCGUGGCGGCACUACUACUGGUACCUCACCAACGAGGGCAUCGAGCACCUCCGCGACUACCUCAACCUCCCCUCCGAGAUCGUUCCCGCCACCCUGAAGAAGUCCUCCCGCCCGCCCGGCCGCCCCAUGGGCGCUGGCGGCGACCGUCCCCCCCGCCGUUUCGAGGGUGGACGGGGCUAUGGGGACCGCGAGGGAUACCGCGGGUACGGUGCCGGUGGUGAUGACAAGGCCGGCGCUCCGGGCGCGUACAAGCCAGCCUUCAGGGAGGUGAGCCUCUCUACACUAACUUUUAGCUAA